AUGGUCAGAUCUAAGUAUUUGGCCGCGGCUGGGAACGCAGAUACGAGCCUCGAGGGAGGGAGGGGGACUUCCGUAAACAGAUGGAAGUGGUAUGGGGUAGUAAUUUACCCGUUGACUGAGGACACUAUAGACAGACCAUGGCGCCACAAAGGAUCAACUCGCUCCAACCUCGACUGUACUCAACAAGACUUUAAUUCCAUAGUCGACCGAACCCUACAAGGAUACCAUGAUCAGAACCUCUCCAUACACAAACUCCAUCUCGACAUAUCGAACCCCGUCAUCUCCCUUCUCGACAAAUGGAUCCCGAUGAUAACCGCCCUCAACAUAAAAGUGUUCAUACUCAACUUUCAUUCACUAACUUGCCAUCUUUCAUUUACUCCGGAGUAUUACGAGUCCCUCCAAGAACUACAUCUGCGCAAUCUCAAGCUGAUCUCGGUCGAGAGCGGGAAGAGCCCCGACUCACGACCGGUCAUCUCCCUUCUCGACAAAUGGAUCCCCAUAAUAGUUGCCCUCAACAUAAAAGCGUUCAAACUAAUCAUUCUUUCAUAUUACUGCCUGCCCUCGGCAGUGUUCUUAGCCGAGUCCCUCGAAGAACUGCACCUGUGCAAUGGCAGGCUGAGCCCAGUCGAGAGCGUGCGGUUUAAAAGUCUGCGCACACUCACCCUCGAACAGGUACAAGUUGAUGGCCGCACUUUCGAGAAGAUAAUUUUGGGCUGUCCUUUUCUCAGGCGCCUCGUCCUUAGGAGUUGUUGUGAGUUGAGAAACCUUAGGCUGAGCGAGGCAGCAUUGUCUGGGCUCAAGCACUUUGAACUGCGUGAUUCUGAGAGGAUCGAAGGGUGUAGCAUCGAAAUUGAUGUCCCGAAUCUCGAGACAGUCUCUAUUAAAGGAAAA